UGAGCGCUACCUUUACCAUAGUACGGACGCACAUUCUCGCUAUCAGGCUAAAUAUUGCAACUGAACCUUUGCUUUGUCUGUUGAUACUGGACAAGUGACACAUAUCAACGGUGAAAUUAGUGCACUGCACUGAGGUCGUGCGAUUCGAAAACUACAUUUGAUCUUAUCAAAGGGGCGAAAAAAAAGCUGGUGCACGCAGCUUCAGUCGUGCGUAUCAACGAGAGGAAUUCUAAAAAUCCCAGUGUGCUGCAGGGAAAAGUGCGAGUUGCAGUGAAGUGCAACACAGUGGAAGUGGUCAGGGCUGAACUCUAGGCUUAAAGUUCGCGAGUGAGUUGUUAUUUACUGCGCACGGUUGAUUCCUGCUAAUUCUUUCAUCGAUAUCAAGCUACGCGAGGCGUGAGGUGUGGAUUGGAAAGUUUCUGAUAAAUAUUUAAUUUUAAAUUGCCGGUUACUACUGAACCAGCUGUCAAAGGUACUAACGCAAACAAACAAACGAACAGCGGAGAAAAAUGAGCAACGUUUGGGGAUACACUGAACUGAAUGGACCACAUGUAUGGCCAAAAAUGUACCCGGAAGCGGCCGGCCAGCGUCAAUCGCCGGUAGAUAUUAUCACCAAGAGAACGAAACAGUCGAGCGACCUGAAGGAAAAACCGCUCCGUUGGACGUACAUUCCGGAAAACACACGCAGUCUGGUCAAUCCGGGUUACUGCUGGCGGGUCGAUGUCAAUGGCAAGGGUUCCCUGCUGACCGGGGGACCCCUGCAGGACGAGGAAUUCAUUCUGGAGCAGUUCCACUGCCACUGGGGCUGCUCGGAUUCACGGGGCUCGGAGCAUACCGUGGACGGUGAAUCCUUCGCCGGUGAGCUGCAUCUGGUGCACUGGAAUCGCUCCAAGUAUGCCAGCUUUGCCGAAGCUGCCGGCCAGCCUGAUGGAUUGGCUGUGCUGGGUGUAUUUUUGAAGGUUGGAAAACCGCACCCGCAAUUGGACACUCUCGCAAAGCUGUUGCCGUUCAUCACACAUAAGGGUGACCGAGUCACCAUCACCAAACCGUUGGAUCCGGCUCACCUGCUGCCGGAGGGCAAAGCCUACUGGACCUACCUGGGCUCGCUGACCACACCACCGUGCACGGAAUCGGUCACUUGGAUUCUGUUCAAGGAACCGAUCGAGGUAUCGCACGAGCAGCUGGAACUGUUCCGCGAGAUGCGCUGCUACGAUGCCCGGGAAGAGUGUCCCUGCGAUGAUUCGCUUCACAAAACAUUCGAAUACGGCAAGGUGAUCAACAACUACCGGCCCCCGCUGGAGUUGGGCAACCGUGAGCUGAGGGAAUACGGUGAACACUGAAGCCAUCCUGAGCCUACCGAUUGUUGUGACAGUCUUCUUCUGCACAGCUGAUUUAAAUUCUUCAUAAAAAAAACGAGAAGCAAUAGCAUUUCACUUGUGACUGCACGUGGUUGGUCGGUGUUUCUAUGCAAUCGUUCAAGAAAUUGAGAACAGAAGAUGUAGUUUGUAUGUGACGCUAUCCACUUCAAUAAAGAACAAACGUUCAGUGGUUGUCUCUCAGCAAACGGAAAUAUUUAAUUUAAAACAAUAUACUGUAACAAUAACCCCCAGAGCGGCUGUUUAAUCGUAAGGUGACAAAGUCAGGCGGCUGUUGUUGAAGUAAUCCGUUUCCAAAAAUGAGCUGCAAUACUUUGUCAAUAAAUUGAGGAUAAACAGGUUUUUUUAACAAAGUUAACGGUGUUUUAGAGGAUUUCGUUGAGGAAUUGGAGCAGUGGGAUCGAUUGUUGAACUUGUUUUCAUUCAAAACUAUUAUAGCAAGGUUGCACUAGUAAGCAUGAUAUUACAUUAAUAUUUUCAGUGCGACUGAUAAACCCCAAAACACAAAAAUCAAAAGAGCCAUGUAGUAGUAGUUAACGUAGUAAUUUUAGGAAUUGGUUAAGUUUGAAAUUAUAUUCUUUCUACACAACCCAAUAUGAAAUGAAAUUAUAAUAUGAUAGCGUAGAAGAUAUUUAGUCGAGUAUCGAAAGUGCCUAUUGUAAAUUGGAGUAACAAAAAGAAAUCGACAAGUUAACAUCCAGUCACAGGUUCAGAAGCCGUGAACAGUAUUUCGGCUUAGGCGAAAUGGUUUCAUUUAGAGUGGCAUUUGUUGCGAAUAUGAAACUGUUAGUUGUGUUUACAUAAUCUAGAGAGUGCUGUUAGAUAUUUACACGAGCACCUUAUUUACACCAGCAUCAUCCUUCGCAGAAAAUGAGUUGUUAAUCGAUUGUGCUAUAAUCUAUAUAUAGUGAGUGAAUUAUUAAUAAAGAGUGUA